GUCAGGGGCGUUCUCUAGGGCACACUGAGAGUGUUGAGCCGCCGCCGACACCCAGCCAGCUUUCGCCGGAGAAAAUGGAGUCGCUCCCGAUCCCCGACGAGCUCGUAGCGGAGAUCUUCCACCGCCUGCCCUCCCCAGACGACCUCGCCCGCGCCUCUGCGGCCUGCGCCUCCUUCCGCCGCGUGGCCGCCGACCGCGCCUUCGUCCGGCGGUACCGCAAGCUCCACCCCCCGCCCCUCCUCGGCUUCCUCGACGGUGACAAAGGCUUCCGCCCGGCCGCCCCGCCUCACCCCUCCGCGCCGGCGGCCAGCGCAGCCGCCCUCGCUGCCGACUUCUCCUUCUCCUUCCUCCCCGGCCCCGCCGCCGACUGGGAAGUCCAGGACGUCCGCGACGGCCGCGUCCUCCUCGACAGACACCGCCGCAGCGACUGGUCCGUCCUGGACGUCUUCGAUGACCGGAGCCGGUACAAAGCCGUCUUCCUGGAGAUGGUGGUUUGCGACCCCUUGCACCGGCGGUACCUCCUGCUUCCCGCGAUCCCUGACGACCUAGCCAAUUCCGUGGAGACCCAGCUCUGGAAAACCUGGACCCGUUACUGGGAGACCUUCCUCCUUCCAUCCGAGGAUGACGAGGAGGAGGAGACAGCAUUCAGAGUGAUCUGGAUGGUGCAGUGUGCAACUAAGCUGGUCGCAGCCCUCUUCUCUUCCAGCACCGGGCAAUGGCGAGCCGUUUCAUCCCAGAGUUGGAGCAAUUUGUUUACUGGCUUGAUACCGCCCACAGGGAAUAUUCUCUUCGAUCGGCGCCAGUGUGCCUAUGGCUGUUUCUACUGGGUGACGGACUGCAAGGAAAACAUGCUGAUUCUCGACACCCGAAGGAUGGAGUUCUCCGUUUCUGCCACACCAGACGAAGCCAGAGGUGAUGAGGAUAUGGGUAUAGUCAUGGUCGAGGCAGGGGAAGGCAGGCCUGGGAUGGUUUUGCGUGUCGGAGAUAUUGGCCAUAUGACAGCUGACCUCAGUUAUUACACUCUUAGGCAAGACAAUGGUGGGAGUUCCCGCAAGUGGCACAAGGAGAAGACGUUAGUCUUGCCGGGUUCUGAGUUCGUAAUCAGAGGUUCAAUGAGGUGUUACUUGCUCCUGAUCUUGCGCUGGUUGGGAACCUCAUCGGUCGAACCAGGCUAUUUCACGCUGAAUGUCAAAACGUUACAGCUUGAGAGAGUGUCCGCGUGCUCUCCGUAUUAUAUAAGGUUGCAUGCAUAUCCAUAUUUCAACUUCCCGCCAUCGUUGCUGUCGACACCAGCAGUGUCAAGUGGUACUCAGGAGGGCACUGAGAAGGCAAUGCGUGAACAAGGAUAGGAGGCGCUGCAAGCUGAAGAGCCCCGUGGUAGCACAUCAUACUGAGAGUAGUGCUGUUGAUGUGGAUGCUUUAGGUCAGAGUGGUGUGUGGAGGAUUGGAGAGGGUUGCUGAUUGAGGCUGUUCUGCACUUGGGGUGCUUUUGGCUCCUGUUUGCUCUGUAAUAUAUGGUCAUCUUAUCUAGAAUUAACCUGGAGGCGGUGUGUGCCUUUGCUUCGUCAGAUGCAGGAGCGUGACCAUGAAGGAAGCUUAGUUUUUCAGUAGGUUAAUUUAGGCCGACAAGCCAAAACUAAUGUGUCCGCUAUUGCUACAACUACUAGAAGGAUGUAUGUGGAAUGGAACUAGCCAUCAGGUAUUGGCAAAAUUAGGUGAGAAGCCUAAGAGGAUCCAUUAAAAGUUGAAUUGCAGAGUUGAUCUACCCUCUCUUUUCUCUGUUCCACAACAUCUAUGUAUGUGUUUUGUAUAGUGAACUGAAUCGCAUGAUCUAUCUGCUUGCUUUCAUGGUGAGGGUUCAACGCUGUCUGUGUUGGCUUAGGUGAUCUUCUGUCCUCCAGUUCGAACAUUGUUCUUGUGUCAUAGCUCGGCAACUCUGGUUCUUGCCAGUUUACGCUCUUGUAUUUGUGGUCUGAAAUUGGCAAAAUUGGGAUUGCUUUUUAUC